CUACUGUAUUAAACUAAACUUUAUAUCUUCUUCUUUCAUAUUGGGUAUUUUUUUGGAGUGGUGUAUAGUUUCAAUCUAAUAAUCACAUUUGGUCAACUCUCGAUUCCCCUUCCUCUUGCCGCAAUCAUCAGAGUAAAUAUAUAUAUAAAAGACAAAUGUCAAGAAGAGAAAUGAAAAAACUAGGAUCAGAAGGACUACAGGUAUCAGCAAUAGGACUUGGAUGCAUGGGCAUGUCCGGUGGCUACGGCCCUCCCAAACCUGACCAAGAUAUGAUCAAACUCAUCCAUCACGCCUUUCACUCGGGCGUCACUCACUUUGAUACUUCCGAUGUUUACGGUCCUCACUCCAACGAAAUCCUCCUCGGCAAGGCAUUGAAGGGAUUGAAGAGAGAGGAGGUUCAAGUGGCUACAAAAUUUGGGAUCAUUUUUGGGGAAGGUUUGGGUAAGGCGGAGAUCCAUGGGGAAGCAGAGUACGUAAGGGCCGCUUGUGAAGCUAGCUUGAAGCGCCUGGAUGUUGAUUACAUUGAUCUUUACUACGUUCAUCGUAUCGAUACUAAAAUCCCCAUCGAAAUUACUAUAGGAGCACUAAAAAAAUUAGUCGAAGAAGGUAAAAUAAAAUACAUUGGUCUAUCUGAGGCUGGUCCAGAAACCAUUAGACGAGCACAUGCUGUUCAUCCAAUAUCAGCCGUACAAUUGGAGUGGUCUUUGUGGACUAGAGAUGCAGAAGAUGAGGUUAUUCCUACUUGCAGAGAAUUAGGAAUCGGUAUCGUUCCUUUUGCUCCAUUGGGCAGUGGGUUCUUUGCAUCAGGCCCUAAGUUGAUGGAGAAUUUGGCAGAUAAUGAUUUCCGAAAGAUUCUACCUAGGCUGCAAGGAGAAAACUUUGAACACAAUAAAGCUGUGUAUGAGCGAAUCAACGAAAUGGCACAGAAAAAGAAAUGCACACUGUCGCAACUAGCAUUGGCUUGGGUCCUACACCAAGGAGAUGAUGUAGCUCCCAUCCCUGGUACAACCAAGAUCGAAAACCUUGACCAGAAUCUUGGAGCCUUAGCUGUUAAACUUACUACUGAAGACAUGGCUGAGCUUGAAUCCAUAGCUUCAUUCAAGGGAGAUAGAAUGCCUGAACAGAUAUUGGUGCACAGUUACAAGAACUCGGAUACUCCACCAUUGUCAUCAUGGAAAACUGAGUAAGGGCAUGGCCUUUUUUGUAGCACACCUUUUGUUCACCGAGUCUAGCGAAGACAUGGAUUUAAUAAUGUUGUUUCUGAUGUUUUUGUUCACCAUUGUUACCUUUUGUGUGUUUUUGAUUUUUAGUAAUUAACUUGCCAUAGAUUCGUUGUGUAUGACUAGUUCAUCAUUGUGUUUUGGAACCA